UAUGAGUUUCCUAAAUAACACUCAUUUUUCUGAAUGCUGUGGUCACACUUCGAAUCAUCAUAGACCUAUUGUACAAACUGUUCUUAUUUUUUUAGGGGUUGGAAUUUUAAGCUUGACAACUGUAUUUGGAAACUUACUUAUUAUUUUAGCAUACUACGAUAACAAAAAAAUUCGAAAUCUUGCAAACAUCCCCAUAAUUUCAUUGGCUUUUACAGACUUGUUUAUAGGCUUAUAUCCUAUGAAUGUUAAUGUAUUAGAAAUGACAUUAAGGUAUUGGCCUUUAGGCCAUGUAAUGUGUAAUGUAUCAUUGACUUUUGAUUACGUAUGCGUACAAACCUCAAUUAAUCAUAUAGUCUUAAUUAAUUUUGAUCGUUAUCUAUCAAUUAAGUCUCCAAUGAAACACCGGCUACAGCAAAAAACUCCAAAAGUUAUGUUUAGACUGUUUGUUGUAUGGUUUUUUGGUAUUUUGAUUUGGGUUCCAUAUAUCAAUAGUUACAUGUAUGUAUUCCGAGAUAAGUUUAAUGAUAAGAAAUGCUACACAGACUUUUUAGCUAACAACACUUCCAGUUAUAAAACAAUCAUGUUUAUUGUUACAUCUGUUGUGGGGUAUUUUAUACCGUUAGGUAUAGUUUUGACAAUGUAUUUUAAGAUGUAUAACAUAAUAAAGAAGCAACUCUAUGAAUCUAACCAAACUCAAUGUGCUCUUCGACCUCAAGAAACAAAAGAACAUAUUGAAAUAGGCAAUCUUGCGUACAACCCCGUAAGUUGUUCUAAUGCUACGGAAACUAGCUGCUACUUUGUGCCUUCGACAAAUUCUUUAAAACAAACGUAUGAGUAUCAAAAAAAACAACUCGAUUCAAUAGUUAAGCAAAAGAAAAUACUGAGACACAAGAAGUCAUUGCGCAUGAUCGCAAGCAUAAUACUAGCAUUUCUUAUUACUGGGUUACCUCUUAAUGCUCAAUGGUUUGUAAAUGGGAUUUGCAAAAAGUGUUAUAAUGGAGUAUUGUUUGACAUUUUUAACUUCAUAACUUAUCCAAACUCAACAGUAAAUCCGUUUUUAUACGCAUUUGUAAGCCGGGCUUUUCGUUUACAAUAUAAAAGAAUUUUAUUUGGAAAAAAAAGGUUUCGAGACGCUGAACGUCAAAUCAUAAAUAAUUCAAUCUAAAAAAAAAAUCAUUCUGGACGACUUUUUGAA